AGCCCUGACCCCAGGGCUUGAACUCUAGGGUCAUGUGACCAGGCUGUAAACUGACCAGCGCUGAGCUGAGAGGAGGCUCAGUGAGAGCCCAGCGCUUGAGGUGAAGGGGAGGACUAAAGGCAAGGAGGGGAGAGAAGAAAGUCAUGAGGCCUAAGCUGUUCCUGAGGAGAAUACUUGAGUGAAUGGCUGCCUGGCAGACUGGGAGAAGCAUGAAAUGGAUGCAUGGGAAGAUGACCAGGCUGACCAGCGCUCUUGCCUCAUCUGUGGCGACCGCGCCACUGGUCUGCACUAUGGCAUCAUCUCCUGCGAGGGCUGCAAGGGCUUCUUCAAGCGCAGCAUCUGCAACAAGCGCGUCUACCGCUGCAGCCGUGACAAGAACUGUGAGAUGUCGCGCAAGCAGCGGAACCGCUGCCAGUACUGCCGCCUGCUCAAGUGUCUGCAGAUGGGCAUGAACCGCAAAGCAAUCAGGGAGGAUGGUAUGCCAGGAGGGAGGAACAAAAGCAUUGGGCCCGUGCAGAUAUCUGAUGAGGAAAUAGAAAGGAUUAUGUCAGGACAGGAGUUCAAGGAGGAAGCCAACAUGCCAGACCACACCUGGAGCAACAAUGGUGAUAGCAGUGACCACAGUUCCCCUGGCAACGGUGUUUCUGAAGGCAACCAACCAUCUCCAGCCUCCACAUUGUCGUCCAUUCGCUCGGUAGAGAUGAAUGGCUACACCACUGCACUCCGGGACCAGUACAUCGGCAGCGCCAUGACCACACACUACCAGUUCCUUCCACACCUAUUCAGCUAUGCCGCCCAACCACGCAGCCUCUACCCACAAUCCCACACCCUCAUCAGCCAGCUGGUUGCUGCAGAAGAGCUAGCCCCAUUGGCUACACCCAUGCUCAUCGAGGACGGGUAUAGGGUGACCCAGGUGGAGCUGUUUGCCUUGCUGUGCCGUCUGGCCGACGAGCUGCUGUUCAGACAAAUCGCAUGGAUCAAAAAGCUUCCGUUCUUCUGCGAGCUCACCAUCGAGGACUAUACCUGCCUGCUCAGCUCCACCUGGCAGGAGCUCAUCCUGCUGGCCUGCCUGACCAUCUACAGCGCCCAGAUACUGGGGGACCUGGCUGACGUCACUGCCAAGUACACACCGUCGGAUGAGGAGCUGCAGGGGUUUAGCGAGGAUGGGAUGGAGGUUAUGGAGAAGCUUAUAUAUCUUUUCCGCAAGUUCCACCAACUGAAGGUCAGCAACGAAGAAUAUGCCUGCAUGAAAGCUAUCAACUUCCUCAACCAAGAUAUCCGUGGUGUUACUAGUGGUUCCCAGUUGGAGCAGCUGAAUAAACGGUAUUGGUAUGUCUGCCAGGACUACACUGAAUGCAAGUACCCGCACCAGCCAAAACGCUUCCCAGAGAUCAUGAUGUGUUUGCCGGAGAUUCGCUGCAUUGCAGGGAAGUUAGUGAAUGUUCCCCUGGAGCAGCUGCCCUUGCUGUUCAAAGCAGUCUUGCACUCUUGUAAGUCCAGCCUGAACGGUACCUACCGCAGCACAGGAUCCUCCCCGUGUGCUCCUAAGGGCACUGCUCCCGCUAACUGAGGACCCAACAUGACGCGUCCUCAACGAGCACAGAAGCCCCCCAGAGGCGUCCCUCUGGGGCAACAGCGUGAGGACAGGGUCGUUGGGCAAUGACAUCUGAUGAAUGUGUAAAGCAGCUAUAUGUUUCUUUCGUUUCUUUAUAUAUUUAUUACCUGACAGAGCUGAAUGUAUACUGAUCCACAUUGUGCACAUGCUUCUGUUAAAACUAAUGCACAAAAAAUGCAUCUUUCUUCGGAGUUUACAAGUGUGUAUCCAAGUGUAAAAUGUGUCGGUGUUGCCAUGGGUAGAACUAGUUUUUACAGUGCUGUAUGUGAAAUUAUAUUUUUGAUUUAUUGAAAUACUACCUCAGGAAUGUGAUUCUACUAUUAUUCAGGUACCUUCUCUCUGUGUUUGUAAUGAAAUGCUCCCAGUCUAUUUAAAAUAACCCUCACAUUUACAUGCAAAACUUGAGGAUUUAGCCAUUUGUUCUAGCCAUCUGUAUUGCCGUGAGUAACUGCUUGUGUAGUUACAUUCACAAUCAGGCAGACCUGUAAAUACUCUAUUGCUCCCUCUCUUCCUCUCUCUCUCACCCUCUCUUCUCUCUCUCUCUCUCUCUCUCUCUCUCUCUCUCUCUCUCGCUCUCCCUCUCGCUCUCGCUCUCCCUCUCUCUCUCUCUCUCUCUCUCGGCAUAGUGCACAACAAAGUGGUCUAAAUUCCUUCAAGAGAAUAAUGUGGGUGGUUUUGAAAUCGU